AGUUGUGGGUUCACUACGCGACCAUCUUCCUCCCGGCCUUAAGUAGGCACUUCGAUAUGGGGUUGAUAAAAAAUUUAAUGUGGUGGUGGAUUUUUCAAGUGACGUGUCUUUUUGCUGAUAGUGAAACUGCCAAUUACUAUGACGAUUCUGUAGUACUUGAAGUGGCCGAUGGAGCGCCUUCGCGGGAAGGAAGUGUAGCCAGUAGAAGUAUUUACUUGCCUUACUUUCAAUAUUUCCAAUCUGUUCUUCCUUUAUAUGCGCCAUAUUCUCCAGCAUUUAAAUACAGUUCCUAUAACUCAGAAUCUUGUCUAACGAGCACUAAAGACGAAGGUCGCUGUUUACCUUUUAAAACGUGUUACCCAAGAUGGAAUCCUCCCGACAUGCAGUAUUAUGAUAUGUGGAUAAACAAUAUGUUAGACAGGUGCACUUAUGUUGAUGUCGAUGGCCAACAGAGCUACGGAGUGUGUUGUACAAAUACGGCCGAAAAUCUUACAAGAAUUGUUACCCCUGACGAAAAGGCGACUAAUGAAGAUUACAGGAUACCAGGAUACCCCAGCUGGCCUCCACCAUUACCCACGCAUCCCCCAGAUCACACAAUUCCUCCAUUACCGACACAUCCCCCGUCUUUAGGUUUCCCCGGCUUUACCACGGAGAAGACGACCAGGUUCCCCAUUAACGGCAAACCAAGAAUAACUGACAUAUCGUGCGGGGCCAAGAGUGCGUUUACCGAUCAAGAGAGGAUCGUCGGAGGACAGAACGCUGAUAUUGGGGAAUGGCCAUGGAUUGCCGCCCUCUUCAACAAUGGAAGACAAUUUUGCGGUGGAUCCUUGAUUGACAACAGCCAUAUUUUAACCGCAGCCCAUUGCGUUGCCCAUAUGAGCUCUUGGGAUGUAGCAAGGUUGACGAUUAGAUUGGGAGAUUACAACAUAAGGACGAAUUCGGAAACGCGCCAUUUAGAAUUGAGGGCAAAAAGGGUGGUACGACAUAGAGGAUUCGACUCUCGAACUUUGUACAACGAUAUCGCCAUUAUUACGUUGGAUAAUCCCGUGCAAUUUAACAAAAAAAUAAGGCCCAUUUGUCUUCCGUCUAGUGGUGCCAAUUUCGCUGGUAGAGCGGCCACAGUUAUCGGAUGGGGUAGUUUGAGAGAAGGUGGUCCACAGCCUUCGAUUCUUCAGAAAGUUAACAUCCCCAUUUGGAGUAACGCGGACUGUAGGGCUAAGUACGGUCCUGCAGCUCCUGGAGGUAUCGUGGAUCAUAUGCUUUGCGCAGGAAAUGUCGCAAAGGAUUCUUGCAGCGGAGACAGUGGCGGACCUCUCAUGGUAUACAAUUCAGGAAGAUGGACGCAAGCAGGAAUCGUAUCUUGGGGUAUUGGUUGCGGCAAAGGAAAUUAUCCGGGAGUCUACACAAAAGUCGACAGAUUUUUACCUUGGAUUUAUAAAAAUAUGAAAAAUUGAAACUUUCAAUGUUAAUAGAAAAAAAAAAACGUCUACUUUUCGUAUAGUGUCAUAGAUUUGUAUAGAGUAAUUUAUUUUAUUUUAAGCUUUU